AUAUCCUGCUGCCACCAGUUUCGAGUAAUCUGAGCCCUUGCUCGGCUCACGGUAUCUAUCGGGUAAGCGAUGCAAAGCGACCCAUGGCAUCCAAGCCAUUACCUGGCGUUUGGAACCCUGGUGCUCCCGCUCGCAAAUCCGUCCGUCUCCGCAUCAAAUUUGCAAAACCAGGAGCGCGAACACGACGAGGAAGAUUGGCGUGUCCUCGCUCCAGACAGCGUCUAUACCCACCUCGCGGACUCGCCCGACGAGCCGCUCAAGCGUUCACUGCAGUUUCUGAUCCUCCACCGCUUCGCGCAUGCGGCGUGCCUGUCCCCGUCGCCCGACUUGAUGUACAUCCGCGUGUACCUCGUACCGUACGAUCUGGCCGGCGCCGCCGGUGCUCUGCGCGCCCGGAGACAGUCCGAUCUGGGGAAAUCCCGGCGAUUCUUGGACGGGCUGCUCCCGGCGCUGUCGCGCGAUCCUCGAUGUUGGCUUGGCCGGGGCCCGCAUGUGCCGCAGCCCUGCGAGCCGGGAAGGACGCUCUCCGAGCUCUACGAGCAGCUGCCCUCGCCCGCCGCGACGCUCAGCGCCGCAUCGACGCCGGCCACGCGGCGCCUGCUGGACUUCUCCGAUGCGCUCGAGAGCGACAUCGGCAUCCGCUCCAGGCUGCAUCUCUACCAGCGCCGCUCCGUCGCCGCGAUGGUCCAGCGCGAGACGGAUCCGCGGAACGUGCCGAAUCCGCUGUUCGUCCCGGUCACGGGGACGGACGGGCAGGAGUUCUGGUACCAGCCGGGGACGAUGGAGGUCCUCAGGGAGCGCUCGAUGGAGGCGCCCUGCCGCGGAGGCAUCCUCUGCGAGGAAUUAGGCACGGGCAAGACGGUCAUGAUCCUCGCCUUGAUCUCGUGCACGCGGAACCAGAUAUCCUCGCCCGAGCCUGCAAUCAUGGACACUCGGCCCGUCCUGACCCCGCUCGCGCUGCGCCACUUUCCCUCGGGCCCCUUCGCGGAGGCACGUGACAGACUAGACGAGCAACCGGCGAUGGAUCACGGCGUGCCGAGUCUCGUGGAAUUGCUGCUGCACAGCUUGGCUACGCGGCCGGUCGACUUUGUCCCACCGCGCCGCCGCGCUCGCCAUGAUGCGCUCCGGGAGGCAGUCGAUAGUUUGGAGCACUACACGGGUCCCAGGCGAGAUAAUCUGCCCUUUUAUCUCGAGUCUCCGUCAUCGGAGCCGAUUGACGAGGAGCGGGAAGGUCAGAAACGGGCGGUGGCUAAUUCGCCAAAGCGCCCUCGGGUAUUGUAUCUGACCUCGGCGACUUUGAUCAUUGUUCCGCCCAAUUUGCUGCUCCAGUGGAAGAGAGAAUGUUCCGUGCAUUGUGAUGACUCGCUCCGGCUGUGCGUACUGAAGAACGGGGAUGCGAUGCCGCCCGCCCGAGUGCUGGCGAGCGAAUACGAUAUUAUCCUCAUGACAUAUCCUCGAUUCACACUGGAGGACAAGAUCGGCGGCCCGACGCGCGAACACACCGUCGCCCCCCUCUGCCAAUGCCCCGAAUACGACAACGUGCGCAUCCCAAAAUGCACAUGCUCACCACCCGCCGGCGUCUCGCCCCUGUCGCAAAUCCGGUGGAAGCGGCUCGUCAUCGACGAAGGGCACGUGUCCGCGACAUUGGACACUGUCCUCACCCCCUUCACAAGCACGCUGAGUGUCGAGCGGCGGUGGAUCGUGACCGGGACGCCGACGACGAAUCUUUUGGGCCUCAGCCUGGGCAGGUCCUCGGCUGACGCGGAUCCGGAGCCCGAUCCUCUGGAGGAGGGCGUCGAGGAUGCAGUGGGGAGAGUGUGGACGGACCAAGACGCCCAGGAUCUCAAGAAACUGGGCAACAUGAUCGCGCACUUCGUGGGCCUGCCACAGCUCCGCGCGAACCCGCGGUUGAUGGGCACGCACGUCAGGGACGCGCUGUUCAACCGCUGCAAGGUGCCGGGAAAGCGUGGCGAGACGCGGCGGCCCCCGCGGGCCGGCGCCACUGAUGUGCUGAUGCAGCUGAUGGCGGCGGUGAUGAUCCGGCACCGGAUAUCGGAUGUGGAGGAGGAGAUCAGGCUGCCGCCGGUGUCGCAGGAUUUGGUGCUGCUUGAUCUCGAGCCGGUGCAGGUCAAAUCCUACAAUGCGUUGCAAGCCGUGGUCGCGAUCAAUGCGGUGACGUCUGAGCGCGAGGGCUUGGAUUACUUUUUUCAUCAGAAGAACACCAAACAUCUGCAGGAGGUCAUCCAAAAUUUUUCGCAAGUCAUGUUUUGGUCCGUGGAUGAGAAUUUGUACAACGCCGCGGAGAUCAUGCAGCAGGAUUAUGUAUCCAAGUUCCAAGACAAGUUGGCUGAGCGGCCGGACGACGCAAAGCUGCUGAGGGACGCGGUCGAUUCUCUGUUGAGUGAUAUGUUCGCCGAGUUGAUGAUAUUUGACCCGAUUUCCCCCAGCUCUCACGCAUGGUCCGACACGCUGUGGCGUGCGAUCCAACAAGACCCGAACGUGCCGUUCCGCGUGCACGGCCUCGACCCAGCGUUGUUCGCCGCCUGGACACGCACCCCGAGCGCAGAGGGCUUCAUGCACUCCGACCGCAUCCAGGGGCUGCGCGCGCUCGUGCUCGAGCGGCCGCUGACCUCCGCGGACGCGCUGGUCGAGCGGGCGGGCGACGAUGCCAGGCGGCGCAAGGCCCUCGAGCGCGAGAUGCAGCGCGGGACGAAGAAGCGGAAGAAGGGCGAGAAAGGCGCAGGACCGUCUGUGGCUGCGGCGGAUCCGAGGGCGGUGCAGAAGGGGUUGGAAAUCGAGGCUGCGAUUGAAAGUCUCGACGACGCGCAACUGGUGGACGCUGCGAACGAGCCGCAGUACGCGUCGGCGCUUGUGGCUCAAUCGUUGAUUGCGCAUACACGCCUGGGGUCUACUGGGUCGAGCAAACUGAACUAUAUCAUCAACGAAGUUCUCGAGCACUCGCCGCGCGAGAAGAUCCUCAUCUUCUCCGAGUCCGUGCUCUCGCUCGCCCACAUCGCGGAUGCGCUCGAGCUCGUCGGGAUCGAGUUCCUGCGCUUCACGACCGCGGUCUCGGCGCGCGUGCGGGAGCAGUUCGUGCGCGGGUUCGAGACGAUGGGCAAGUACCGCGUCUUCCUGAUGGAGCUCAAGCACGGCGCGCGGGGCCUGAAUCUGACCAGCGCGUCGCGCGUGAUCUUCUGCGAGCCGGUGUGGCAGGCGGACGUCGAGAGCCAGGCGAUCAAGCGGUGCCACCGCAUCGGCCAGACGCGGCCCAUCACGGUGAAGACUCUGGCUAUCCGGGGGACGUCCGAGGAAGAGAUGGCGCGUCGGCGCGCGGAGUUGAAGGCCGGCAAGGGCAAAACGCCGCGCCUCAUCGACGAGGUUGGGAUGCGGACGUUCAUCGCGAACCCUAAAUUUCUGACGCACCGACCGACGGAACUGGUCGCGUUCGAUCACCCGCUUGUCCGGAUCCCGCCGCCCGAGGCCCCAGCGCUCUCGCGAACGACGCGAACGAGCGUGGAAGAGGCGAGUGCGAGUCCGCGCAAGGUCGCGUUCGCCCAAGAAUCGCCCCCAAAGAAGCGCGUCAGGGUUGCGUCUCCGCCCGGGGAAGAGGAUGAGGGGAAACGCCGGAGGGUUGGAUUUGAGGAUGUGAGAACCCGGGUGCGGUUUGUAGACUAAGUUUGUCAUCAUCGGAUAUAAUUCAAUCCAACUUGAUCUGUCUGUUGUAAAGCUUUGUAAUUUC